AUGUUUGUUCUUCGUGUGGUGGCCUUUGGAGAAUAUGCUGAUGGCCUUCAUGGUGGUGGUCUGUUUUGCUUCUGGUGGUGGUUUGGUGGCUCUCAACAUGCUUUUGGUGGUUGGUGGCUCUCUUCAUGCUUGUGGUGGUGGUUUGGUGGCUCUCAACAUGCUUUUGGUGGUGGUGGCUCUCUUCAUGCUUGUGGUGGUGGUUGGUGGCUCUCUUCAUGCUCUUGGUGGUGUUGGUGGAAUAUGGUCGGGGUGUGGUUUUUUAUUAAAAAUUAA